AUGGAAAAUUAUUUGCUAAGUUCACCUACCCAAUUGACCCAACCGUUUGAUGAUUCGACUAUUUCAUUCGAUUUAUAUGACCAAACGACACAACAAUAUCCUCAAAACCACUUGUUGUCUUUAAGUCUACAACAGCAACAGCAACAGCAACAGCAACAGCAACAAGUGCCGCUGCAGCAACUACAACUACAACAAUUGGAACUACAGCAGCCACAUCUAAUUGUUCCAUCUCAACAUCAGGGCCAACAGCUUCAACAACAAAAGGAUCUGCAGUACAAACAGCAACAACCUCAGCAACAACUAUCACAUGGUCUCAACUUCCAUUCCAAGACUGAGUAUAUUGACGAUGGCGCCAUGUUUGACGACGAAGUUGUGCCAAUUUCGACAAACUUGCCGGAGAACAAAUUUUACAUUACUGAUGAAUCAGGAUUGGGUAUAAACAUCGUAGACGCCGAUAGUCUUAGUUUCAACCAUUCAAGAAAUGUUUCAUUGGAUGGGGCAGCUGGUGAUCGCAACCAAAAUUUUCAGCACCACCAUAACAGUUCCGUCAUGUCGGUUAAUCAAGACCCACCAAGUCAAAAUUCAGCAUUACCUGAAUCUAUUUCUUCAAACACUAUUUAUUCACUAGAUUCUAUACCUUCGUUUGAAUCUCCUAUGCAUCAGCAAUUGCAACAGCAAACUGGUUAUCAACAAAUGUCAACUCAGCAACCAUAUUAUCAACAACAACCGUUGUAUCAACACCAUCACCAACAACAACAACAACAACAAGUGCAACAAUUACAACACCAACAGCAUUUCACUUCUACUCCUAGAAGACCUGGUAGAAACAAAUCCAUGUCAGUAUCAUCCUACACUACUCCGUUAAGAAACUGCCCGCAAUCGUUUUCUCCAGUGAAUUUGGCGGCUACUGCUUUUAAUAAAGUGACCAAAACCCCAGCGAAUAAAAUCAAAGGUCAUACACGAUCGCGAUCAAGAGUGUCCUUGGAUGCCACUGCAGCGGUUCUUGCUUCAAAGACAAAUUCGGCAUCAUCUUACAAUUCGGCAUUGAAUCCGUUCUACACCCCGUCGCAGGGAAUGAAUUCGUUGGAUGAUGAGGAAAAUUAUGGAAAUAACUUAUCCGCCACUCCAUUAUUAACUCCUGGUUCACACAAGCUCAAGUCUUCGCAAUCGACAUUUUUUAGUCCAUUUAAAAGUGAAGUGUUUGAUAAUCAACACUUGGAAGAUCAAGAAAAUGACGCUUUAAAACAAUUGAAGAAGGCAAAGUCGUAUUCAAGCUUGAUGAAGAAAAAUAAGAAGGAUCAUGAGCUUUUGAAUCAAAUGAGUAAGCGCCCACAACCAAAAAGCAGCUCUAGUUCUACAUUGUUGUUGCCCAAUGCCAUGAUCCCCUUGCCAAAAUCUAACGUUGAGCAACAGCAAUAUCAGCAAGGUGACAUCGAAGAAGAGCAAAUUCCGACGAUUGAUCUAUUACUGGGCGAAUUUGACAACAAUCGUGCUUCUUACCCCCUGUUGGAUAAGAGAAUCACCCAAAAUUUGAACCAGUCUGUGUCGCCAUUCAACAAGCACAAGAAGCUAAACUCUAAUGGUGGAUUCCCUUCUGCAUCAAUCAAUUUGAGCACAAGGUUAGCUGAACAGCCUAGCCAAGAGGAUCAGAGCAAUCAAACAAGUAAUCACGUCUCUUCGUCAACUACUCCAACUUUAUUACCACCGAUGGCUACUUUCCCUGUCGAAGAUGCAAAAAAGAAAAAGACAGAAACCGCCACACCCAAACCGCCAACUAGAAGGUCCACCAGAGCUAAAGCUAAAUCUCAAACUAAACAAGAAGACACAUCCAAGGAUUCCAACAGCUCUUUUGAAAGUAUCAUUGAGGAUGAUGGAACCGUCACCAUUGCCAUCCCCGAAGACCUUAACGUUACCCGUCCAAAAGUUCGUAAUAACAGAUCAGAGAAGAAUGAUAAAGUUGAUCCAAGGAAGAAACACAAGUGUCCUAUAUGUAAUCUGAGAUUUCAACGCCCAGAGCAUGUUAAACGACAUCUCAAAUCACAUUCAUCGGAAAAGCCAUUUCAAUGUGAAGAGCCAAAUUGUGGUAAAUGUUUCAAUAGAAAAGAUAAUUUGAAGGCACAUUUGAAAAAGAUACAUGGUUUAACUAAUGUAUAA